AUGGAGCUCAAUUUCGCGUUUAUUUUGCGUUUUAACUCCCAAAUUCCGCUUUUCGAGCAGGCCGUCCUUAUCGUCGCGGACGCCGCGCUCUCUCUUGAGGUGUCUGGACACGGCGACGUCCUCGAGGCCCACGACGGCGUUUUGGCCGUCGGCAGCGGCGGCCCUUUUGCUGCAGCUGCUGCUCGAGCCCUUUUUGAUGUCCCGAAUUUGACGGCAAAACAAAUCUGCGAAAAGGCCAUGAAGGUCGCAGCAGACAUGUGCUGCUACACCAACCACAACUUCAUCUACGAGACGCUCCCAAAUACAGCUAACCAAGCUAGCCAGCCGAACUAG